AGAAAUCCAGCCCUGCCUUUCUUUUCACUCGAGAGCCAGUGUGAGGCUGAUAAGGCUGCAGAUGCAUUGAUGGCAGCCUUGCAGAACGAGACCUGCACUUAACUUGCAGCUGCCUCCGAGCUGGGUUUCAAGAUGUCCACGCCCCGGGUGACAGCCGGCGGGGCGCUGCCCUGGGCUCGGGCUGGGUGCUGAGCAGCAGCAGCCUGCAGUGCGAGCCCGCCGCCCUGCCACGGAGGAGCAUCCUAAUGUAACGGCACAGCCAACAAGAUGAACGGCGCUUUGGAUCACUCCGACCAGCCAGACCCAGAUGCCAUUAAGAUGUUUGUCGGGCAGAUCCCCAGGUCUUGGUCGGAAAAGGAGCUGAAAGAACUUUUUGAGCCUUACGGAGCUGUCUACCAGAUCAACGUCCUCCGGGACCGGAGUCAGAACCCUCCCCAGAGUAAAGGUUGUUGUUUCGUAACGUUUUAUACAAGAAAAGCUGCACUUGAGGCCCAGAAUGCACUGCACAAUAUUAAAACUUUACCUGGGAUGCAUCAUCCCAUUCAGAUGAAACCUGCGGAUAGUGAGAAGUCAAACGCUGUGGAAGACAGAAAAUUGUUCAUAGGAAUGGUUUCGAAGAAAUGUAACGAGAAUGAUAUCAGGGUGAUGUUCUCUCCGUUCGGCCAGAUAGAAGAGUGCCGGAUCCUCCGGGGGCCCGACGGGCUGAGUCGAGGCUGUGCGUUUGUCACAUUUUCUACAAGGGCAAUGGCACAGAAUGCAAUCAAAGCCAUGCAUCAGUCUCAGACCAUGGAGGGCUGCUCUUCACCUAUCGUGGUGAAGUUCGCUGACACUCAGAAGGACAAAGAGCAAAGACGCCUCCAACAGCAGCUGGCGCAGCAGAUGCAACAGCUCAACACUGCCACCUGGGGGAACCUGACGGGGCUGGGCGGACUCACCCCACAGUACCUGGCGCUCCUGCAGCAGGCCACCUCCUCCAGCAACCUGGGCGCCUUCAGCGGCAUUCAGCAGAUGGCGGGCAUGAACGCUUUACAGUUACAGAAUCUGGCCACGCUGGCGGCCGCUGCAGCCGCAGCCCAGACCUCAGCCACCACCACCAACGCAAACCCUCUGUCCACCACGAGCAGCGCCCUGGGAGCCCUCACCAGCCCUGUGGCUGCUUCAACUCCCAACUCCACUGCUGGUGCGGCCAUGAACUCUUUGACCUCUCUCGGGACUCUGCAAGGACUCGCGGGAGCCACAGUUGGACUGAAUAAUAUUAAUGCACUCGCAGGUACCAUAAACAACGCUCCAGCCCACUUGUCCUUGCCCUCGGUUGCAGUUGCUCAAAUGCUCUCAGGUAUGGCGGCUCUGAAUGGAGGACUUGGCGCCACGGGCUUGACGAAUGGCACAGCAGGCACCAUGGACGCCCUCACCCAGGCCUACUCAGGGAUUCAGCAGUACGCAGCCGCGGCACUGCCCACUCUGUACAGCCAGAGCUUGCUGCAGCAGCAGAGCGCAGCGGGCAGCCAGAAGGAAGGUCCAGAGGGUGCAAACCUCUUUAUUUACCACCUUCCACAGGAGUUUGGAGACCAGGACAUUCUGCAGAUGUUCAUGCCUUUUGGAAAUGUUAUCUCUGCUAAAGUCUUCAUUGACAAACAGACCAAUCUGAGCAAGUGCUUUGGUUUUGUUAGCUACGACAAUCCAGUGUCUGCACAAGCUGCUAUCCAGGCUAUGAAUGGCUUUCAGAUUGGCAUGAAACGCUUGAAGGUCCAGCUGAAGCGCUCCAAAAACGACAGCAAACCUUACUGAUCCUAACCCCAGAGGCUCCCUGCUCUUGUUUUAGCUUUCUUAGGGUAAGUCCCACAAGCCAGCCUGUUCUCACAGGGAAGGCAGAGGAGGACCACAUUGCCAACUUUUACCAAGAGAGACGGUUAUUUUUACAAUAAGGCCUCCAUUUCCCCCUCCCACCCCCAAUCCAGUUCGCCAUAUUUCAACUUGGGCUACCUUGUUUCUAUGAGUAAACUCCUCCAGUUGUGCCACUGUAUUCUCCUUUGUUUUGCAAUUUGAAUCUCCACUUUUUUUUUGCUUUCUUUUUAAAGGAAAACAUACACAAAUAAAUGACAUCUUGAUCAUUUAAAAGGCAAACAAAGGCUAAUGUGCAAUUCUAACUCAGAGACCCCCUGGUGCCCUGAGAGCACUGCCUGGAGAAUUCACCCCCUCCUGUCCUGUUUAUCCCUAGGAGGGCACCAGCUGUUUAGAGGUCAAGGUGGUGGCCUAGAGCAAGAGAAAAGCCAGGAGAAGCACUUAAAACAAUACAAACGUCUUUCCACUACAUUUGGUUUGUUUUAAUAAGUAGGCAUUUAUUUUAGGGUUCAAAGAAACAUGACAUUUAUUGGUCAGGUUAUUACACUGGUUGUCUAUUUUGUUAUUGUUUUAUUUUAGUUUUUAGAAAGGAUUAAUGUAAAAAAGAUUUAGAGAUCUGUUUCUUAAAGCUACAGGGUUUAAAAAUAAAAUAACAAUGAAUGAAAAUACUUGAUGUUUCUUGAAAGAUAAAUUUAAUAAUAAAUAAUACAUAAAUAAUACAUAAAUAAAAAAGAAAGCCACAGGCCUGUAAAUUUUAUUUGUAAAAAAAGCAUUUCUAUUUUUGUACAAAAUUUUUACUGCCUCAGAAAUAAUGGAAGUUAUUUAUUGCCUAUUGUUAACUUAUUGGGUACCUAAAAAGCAGUUCUCUGUGCUAGUUAGAUCCUUUUGAAGUAGUCUCUAAAGGAAUCGUUCUAGGAAUGGGUUUUUUUUUUCACCGUUGAACCCUAGGCCUGAAGUUCAUGCUUUAUCCUCUUGUUGUUUGUAUCUGUCUGAUUAUUUUGUUUGUAACUUCCAUUAUCUAGUUUGCAGUUCAGUUGUCUGACUUUCCCCUUAUGUUACAUUUGUUGAAACUGGAUCCUCCCUGUCCCUUGCCAGCCCCUCACCCCAAAACACUGGGAAUCCAUCCCCUCUCCCUCUCCGGAUGGAUUCUCUUGGGGUUCCAUUGUGCUGUGAUAAAGAUUGUUAAGAAAUGCAAAUUAUGUGGAUGGCUAGUAGACUCCCUAAUGACCUAAGAUUUGCAUUAGUUUUUCUCCCGCACCCUUAAGAGUGAUUUUGUUGCUGCUGCGUAGACUCUGUGUAACUUUUUCCUCUCCCUUGUUUUCUCCCUAGACAUCUUCAUGCCUGUUAGUUCACCGUUUGCCUAGCAUGUCCCUGUGGCGUCUCAAAAAAAAGUUUCAUCGUCCCGUCAUUGUUUCUGAUGUCUUUCUGACCUCACAUCAUAUUUGGUUCUCCUACUGACCUUUGAUCUAGUUUGACCUUUGAAAUUUGCAUGUGACCUCAUCUAGCUAUGAAUUCUGGGAAGUCAAUGUGAAAAACAUUGCUGCAUUCAUGCAAGACUGAAAUUUAUUAUUAGAAAAAAAUAAUUAUAGAAAAAAACCUGUGGCAAAAUGUUUUUCUUAUUUUUUUUUUCUUUUCAUAAAACAGACUUGAAAGUAUUAUACAGGGAUUGGCAUUCUUCCCGGUCACUGGUAACAAUAGCAAUAUGUGUCCAGGGACACAGAAUGUUGGUUUCUAACAGACUACUUCCAAAAACAGUUUGAGAAAAAAACUGUCUGAUUUUAAGUCUCUAGAGGUCUGUAAUAGUUUUUACAUUUUUCAGGCAGUGUAAAGUUUUUUGAUAAGGCCAUUUUAGGUGGCUCACUUUCUCAUUAAGAUAUAUAUAUAGAACCACUUUUUGUAGAUUAGUAUAAGAAAAAUAUUUACCCUGUUUUGGGGCAAAUGCUACCUAUUUGUGUCACCUUUUGCUGAACUGACUCACAGUUAGACAAUCCAUGGUUUAAUGCACAUGAAAUUACCUAUAUUUUAUACUGUUUCAAUGUACAGGAGAAAGGUUACUGUAAACUGUGUUGCGUUGGUGCUUCUGUGAAUUAAGUUGUGGUUUCAUCAUGAGUCUUAUGGUCUUAAUGUUCUUUGUUGAUAAGACAAGUUUAGAAUUGAUUUACUUAAAAAAGAAUUUCAAAAAAAAGUUGUUUGCUUAAAAAAAAAAAAUUUCAUGUGAGGGGGGGAAAAAAAACUAUUCCAGAAUAAGUUUUGUGUUGGCUUGUAAAGCAUUGAUGUCAUUUUUUUUUUAUUGUGGACUAUUUAGAUGUGUUUGUGUUCAGCAAAAUGUGAUUUUUUUUUCUUUU